AUGGUGUUCCGCAUAAACAAGAACGCGCAUCACAGCAGCGCGACAUCGGCCCCCAAGGAAAGGCACGCCAACAAGGGGGGCAAGGCGUGCAAGGAGAAGGACCCUCACAAGGAUGACCAUAGGGACAUCCACCAGUGGUACAUCCAAAACAACAUCGAGGAGAAAAAGAAAAAAAACGAGGAAAUCGAAAGGGACAAAAAUGCCUACUUUGAAGACGCCGAGGUGGAGAAAAAUGUGGAAGAAUACAUAAGCGUUGUCUGCAGGAUAAAGAAUAAUGCAAUUGAUGAGAAGGAAAAGGGAGAUGAAAAACAAAACAGCCAAGUGGAUGUUAUUAGAAAAGUAGCCAAAAACAAGCUAGUCAUAGACACAUGUCCAAUGGGAAACAAAAACAAUGGACUCAAUUUAGAAUACACCUACGAUAGAGUAUACGAUAUAGAAAAUAGCAACCAAAUGAUUUUCAACGAUUAUAUUAAGCAUAAAAUAAAAAAUAUUUUCCAAGGGAUUAACUGCAGCAUAAUGGCCUAUGGGCAAACGAACAGUGGGAAGACCUACACCAUGUUGGGAAACUUCGAAUACCUAAACAAUUUGUUUCACUUAUGUAAGGAGAACCAAAACAAUAAUAUGGCCUCUACGAUAGAUAACGAUAUUGCCAUCACUUACGAUGAACUAACCAACUGUAUAUCGAACGAACCAAACUACGUGGGUCUCAUUCCUCACUGCAUCAACUACAUUUUCAAUUAUAUUAGCUACCACAAAAGUGAAAAGGCGCCACCCAAUGGGAGAAAAGAAUUCGUAGUCACCAUGUCCAUUUUAGAAAUAUACAACGAAAUAAUCUACGACCUAAUAUCAGGAGAGAGUAACCUCUCUGUUCAUAUGAUCGAUUCUAAUAAAAACGAAUUCGUCAUUAAAAACCUGAAAGAAGUGGAAAUAGAAAAUGUGAUUAACGCGUUGCAUUAUUUAGAGGAAGGAGUUAACAACAGGAAGAUCGCCUUCACACAUAUGAACAAGGCUUCCUCAAGAUCACACCUUAUUUUUAUUAUAAAAAUAAAUAGAUAUAUUCACGCUACUAAUACGGUCAGGUGUGGUAAGUUGUGUCUGGUCGACUUGGCUGGAAGUGAACGACUUAAACAGACAAAGGCAACGGGUUCUGUCAAAAUAGAAACCACCAUGAUUAACAAAAGCUUGACUGUCCUCAGCAAAGUUAUAAACGCCUUGGCGGUCAUGCAAAUUAAGGAGAAAAUGGACAAGACGGGGAAGGAGAAGCCGCCCGAUCAGGCAUCCUCCCCCGAACAUGCGUCCCCCCAGGUGGAAGCCUCCACUCCAGCACCUGACGGUGAUACACCAGCUGGUGACGAACCUGCAGAGAAGGAAGACCACAUGGAUGCACACAAACAAGGUGUAUCCAACCCAACGAAGAAGGCAAAGUUCCAAGCCGGAACAACCACCCCCAGUAUGCACAUCCCCUACAGAGACUCCAAACUCACAAGGGUGCUCUCAGACAGCCUCGGCAACAACUGCAAGAGCAUACUUAUCUGUACCUUGUCCUCAAAGCUGCACUACCUGAACGAAACCGCCUCCACGAUCAAAUUCGCACAGAGGGCUAAAAUGGUGAAAGCUAAGCCAGUCGUGAGGGAAGAAAAAAUGGAAACAAAAGAUGAAAAAGAAAACUACCAAAAUAAAAAGGAGGAAAAGGAAAAUAACAAUAAGGAGAAAGUGCCGGACAUUUUUGUCAACUUCAACCAGAAUCACAUUACAAAGGAUAUCAUUUUCUUCUCCUUUAGUCUCUGCAUUUUUAGCUACAUCUGUGGGUUCAAAAGUACCGGCAAAGUGAAGUACCUGGACUUUUUCAUCGAGUCAUACAAGAACAAAAUUGACAUAAUAAAAGAUCAACUCUGCAAGGAUGGAACAGACACCAACGAUGUUAAUGAGUGCAUACUGAAGACAUUCGAUGAACUGAAACUUCUAACAGAGGAGGAAAAGGAAAAAUACUUGAAGAACCAACAGGCGAAGCUGCAAAGUAACAACGCAGAGGAGCAACAACGGGCGGGUAAAAAGCACAACCAUCUGCACAAACUGCUCGGGAAUAAAUUAUUCGGCGAGGCGGCCAUAACGGAUGGAACGAACGGGAAAAUUGCCCCAGACGCGCAGCAGCUGAGCAUGCUCAAAGGGGGAUCCCACCCGGAGGAAGAAGAAGACGCGCUAAUAGGAGACAUCCUAAUAAAAAUGAAAAACGACAUUUGUAAUAUUCUAAAGUUCAACUUGGCUAACUUGAAAAACAACCUAAAGGAGGACGCGCAAAUGUUUGACGAGAUGCUUAACAUUGUAAACAGCGUGAAGGAAAACAACAACAUUUUUCUACUGAACGAGUUGAAUCAGCUGGGCAAAGUAGAUGUUGCAGGAAGUCACUCCGGGGGGAAGAGCCAAGUAGAACACAGUGAAGGGAAUAAUUCCACUUACAAAGAAACAAAUCAUCCCCCACAUGAUCCUACCAACCACGGAAGGGGAAAGACAAAUGCAAAGGACAAACAAUCCAUUGCUGAUCGGAAGGUGGAUCUCCUCAAAGGGGGAAAAAAAUGGGCCAGGUGGAAGGGAAACCACGUAGAAAAGGAGGAGCACCCAUCGCAUCCACCGCAUGCACAACAACAAGUUGAACUGUACCAACCUGAGUACUUUGCCAGAAACAUCCUGAGCGUACAGAACAUACAAAAUAUAUUCGAAUACGUAAAUAAUAACUACGCCAAAUUUAUUAGCGACUUUACUACUGAUAAGAGUACCGUUUUUACAAACUUCGACUUGAAGGAAAAUCUAGACAGACAAAUAAUUGAAAAAAAUAACACCAUAUAUAAUUUUAUCCACUCUGCUACGAUGUUUCAACACAGUGGGACAUUGAAGGACCUGAACAGCAACUACUUUUUCAACAAAAUUCAAACGGAGCUGUUUAACAAUUAUGGCAACCACCAUAAUGCCAACUUCAGGUGCAUACACAGCAUGCUCGAGGGGAGCAUCCGGAAGGAACACGCUGUGCUGAAUACCAAAGGGGGUGAGAACAACAAGGGCGUCCCUACCAACGUCGCAAAUGAUGCCAACGAUGGGAACAAUUUCAGCGCCGAUGCGGAUGUCCCACCCAAACAGAAGAAGUACUUUUCCAUUAAGGACAUCCAGCCGGAAGAACCUGCAGAGAUUCUCCACAUAACCAGCCAGAUCAAUCACAGCGUGAAAUUCGCCAGCAUCAAAGAAGGGGCAGACGGACAAGUGGUGGAAAAAUCCGUCAACUUUGCCGACAAGGAGAACCCUGCUAAUCGUAGCGACCUGCCAACCGGGGACAUGACCCAAAAACAAAACAAACAAAAAGAACCCAGCCCGCGCAACAAUAUACGUGUGUCCCAAAACGUACUCCCAAUGAAUGAGUUGGUAAACUUGAUAGAAAAUGAGGACUUCAAAAAAUUGUACGAAUAUAUAACGGAUAAGGGUAACAACAACGAGGGCGUUCAUUUUGAGGAUGGAGAAGAUUGUUCCCAUGCAGCGUUUAAAGAUCUCGAAUCCAGGAUCAAUCACGAAAUACAGAAAAUAAAUGACUACGUUACGGUGGAUAUAUCCCCCGUGAGCGGGGGUAGGAAAUCCAAACGCGGCAGUAAGGUAAGUUGGAAGAAAAAUAGAAACUCGACCGCAGAGGGGAAGCGUUCCUCCAUGGGGUCAACCAACAAAAAAGAAUGGAACAACGGUAGUAGUGAUAAUAAUGGCUACAACACUGCUCAGCGUGCCUACGAAGGAGCACCUCCCCAAAUUGGAGACGCCUGUCGAAAUUCCACAAAACAACCCAACAACUUCAACCACACACAUAUUUCCUACUUGGAAAAAAAAAGAACCACCAAUUUGUUCUUCCAAAGAAUUAUCAACAUAAUUAGAAACAUAUUUCAAAAAAAAGAAUCCCCCAAAGAACCCAUCGAAAUAAACACGUCCGACCUCAUCGAUAAUGAGCUCCUCUACAACAAAAAGCUUCUCGAAAAAAACUUAGAUUCCUACAACAUUAGAAAUUUUCAAAUAAAUGAUAAGAAAAUUUAUCUGCUCAACGAAGCGGAGUACGUACACCUCAGGGAGCUCAUAAAUUACAAAAACAAAAUGCUCUCCUUUUUGAAUUACGAAUAUAGGAAGUUUAAAAUGUCUCUGUCGUGA